AUGGUAAAAGAUGAACCUAAACAAUAAAAAUUAAAGACAAGUGCCAGUUCAGCUGCUGUUGUUUAAAAAUCAUUACCAUAAACCUAAAAUUAAUAAGGAAGUAAUAAGACUUCCAAGUAAGCAAUUCUGAAGCCACAAAUCAAUAAUUAUAAAAACAAGUAAGUUAAUUACAAUUUGAAAAAGGAUUGAGAAGAUGACAGAAAAAUUAAUGAAGUAGGAUGAUCUUAUUGAAGUCUAAGAAAUUAGAUUAAAGCACUUAAUGAAGAUAAAAAUUGGAUUAAGAAUUAAUCUAAACUUUAUUAGAUGUAAAUAAUUCUUUGGAAAACAUUGA